AUGUCCUAUCCUCAGGGUUACCUCUACCAGCCCCCCGGCUCGCUGGCUCUGUACUCCUGCCCGACGUACGGGGCGUCGGCUCUGGCGGCCCCCAGGAGCGAAGAGCUGGCCAGGUCUUCGUCGGGCUCGGCGUUCAGCCCUUACCCGGGAUCGGCAGCUUUCACAGCACAGGCGGCGGCCACAGGCUUCACCAGCCCGCUCCAGUACUCCACAGACCCCGCCACGGGAUUCCCCUCCUACAUGGGCUCUCCUUACGAUGCUCAUACGACGGGGAUGACCGGGGCCAUCAGUUACCAUCCGUAUGGCAGUCCUGCUUACCCUUACCAGCUGAAUGAUCCCGCUUACAGGAAAAACGCCACCCGAGAUGCCACAGCCACCCUGAAGGCCUGGCUGAAUGAGCACAGGAAGAACCCCUACCCCACCAAGGGCGAGAAGAUCAUGCUGGCCAUCAUCACCAAGAUGACCCUCACCCAGGUCUCCACCUGGUUCGCCAACGCCAGGAGGAGGCUCAAGAAGGAGAAUAAGAUGACUUGGGCUCCCCGGAACAAAAGCGAAGAUGAAGAUGAAGACGAAGGGGAUGGGGCAAGAAGUAAGGAGGAAAGGUCGGACAAGGUGCAGGAAAGCAAUGAAACUUCAGCAGAGGACGAAGGGAUCAGCUUGCAGGUUGACUCGCUCACAGAUCACUCCUGCUCCGCGGAGUCGGAUGGGGAGAAAUUGCCCUGCCGAGUAGGGGACACGCUCUGCGAGUCCGGAUCAGACUGCAAGGACAAAUACGAGGACAUCGAGGACGACGAGGAGGAAGAUGAUGAAGCAGAGAGAGACCUUCCCGCUAAGCCUGCGACUUCCUCCCCCCUCACCGGAGUGGAAGCCCCCCUCCUUAAUCACCCCCACGAGGACGCUUCAAGGAACUCCAAUAAAACUACUUUGGACAACAGGAUUUCCCCCAGUUCCGAGACACAGGCCAUUAAACCCAAGCUCUGGUCUCUAGCUGAAAUAGCCACCUCGGACCUUAAAAAUCAGAACAUGGGCCAAAGCUGUCAGCCACCGGCUUUAUCUUCAGUAACCCCCUCUUCUACUUCGCACAGCUCUGCCUACUCUCCCUCUUCUCUCUUAGGAAGGCACAUUUAUUACACUUCACCUUUUUAUACCAAUUAUACAAACUAUGGGAACUUUAACGCACUCCAGAGCCAGGGGAUCCUGAGAUAUAACUCCGCAGCAAUGGCUUCGAACGAGGGACUAAGUCAAACUGUACUAAAUACAAGCUCUGUUCACAAACAGAGCAGUGACUCUUUGAAAACGAUCACUAACCAGCUAGAACAACAUUACAGGCCCUCUAGUUAUGAGUCUAAGAAAGAUCCCACUGACGUCUGCACAGUAGGAGUACAACCAUACCUAUAG